CCUGGGCCCUUCUUUCUACAUGGGGACACCUGAGAAACAGCAGCUGAGCCUUUGUUUGGUGUUUGUUUGUUAGACUCCUUUUAAAUGUUUUAAAUGUUUAACUGCAUGAUUUUUAAGACUGAAUUUAAAACCAAGAAAUAUUGCACUUAGUCAAUUUUAAAUGAAACAUUUUGUACAUUUAGACUCAUCAUGUUUGGUGAGGGACUAAAAGUUGGAGUGACUGCUUCGGCACAUCAGCGUUCACGUCACGUUGGAGUUAUUAUUAUUAGUAUGAGUUUCCGACUUGUAAUCAGUCAAAGUCAUAAUUACGACCAGGAAACUUGGACUUUUCUGAAAGCGCAGAUGUUUCCAACUUGGUGCUUGAGAAUACAGGACAAACAUGGACGCCUCAUGUCAGCCAAAGUCUACUGUUCAAGGUGGACCGCGGUCCUCGCUGCUGCCGCCGUCUGAAGCGGGCUGGGUUCUCCCGUCUCCGAGGCGGAUCAUCGGGCUCGCCCACAGGAGUUACCGGAGUGCCGCCCCUCCUGCCUCCUGCCUCCUGCAUUUGUUCUUUCUUCCUCUGAAUCUCGGGAUGGGGGCUCAAGCAACAAGCGAGCGCGUGCAGCGGCGGCGGCUCUGCGCACACUUCACGGGGAUCACGCGUUGGUGAACCGGACUCCGUACCUGCGGGAUCACUGUAGUCUGAUAAGCCUUUUCUCUGCUGGAUCGGGGACAAGAAUGAACUCGGCUGCUGGAUUGGUAAAAGUACCCUAAAAAGUGCCUCGCGCGCUGCAGUGGUUCUACGUUUUUCCAGUCGGAGUCCGUGGCGGAGCCGCUUUGAGUGAACUGGUCUUGGGGAGGAACGCGGGUCACAUCAUGGGCAGACGCUCCAGCAGUCUCCCCCAAAUAAACCCGGGUUUUACGUUCCGGGUGCUGUGGAUGCUCCAGGCUUUCCUGGACCUGGCCGGCUCCCAGGAGAUUUACGCGCCGCACUCGAUACGGGUGGAGGGCGACGUGACGCUGGGGGGGCUCUUCCCCGUCCACGCCAGAGGGGUCCCGGGGAUGCCGUGCGGGGACAUCAAAAAGGAGAACGGCAUCCACCGGCUGGAGGCGAUGAUGUACGCCCUGGACCAGAUUAACGGCGACGACGAGCUGUUGCCCAACGUCACCCUGGGCGCCCGGAUCCUGGACACCUGCUCCCGGGACACGUACGCGCUGGAGCAGUCGCUGACUUUCGUCCAAGCGCUCAUCCAGAAGGACACGUCGGACGUGAGGUGCACCAACGGGGAGCCGCCGGUGUUUGUCAAGCCCGAGAAAGUUGUCGGGGUCAUCGGAGCGUCGGCCAGCUCGGUGUCCAUCAUGGUGGCCAACAUACUGCGCCUCUUCCAGAUCCCUCAGAUCAGCUAUGCGUCCACAGCCCCGGAGCUAAGCGAUGAUCGGCGGUACGACUUCUUCUCUCGGGUGGUCCCUCCGGACAGUUUCCAGGCCCAGGCGAUGGUGGACAUCGUCAAGGCCAUGGGCUGGAACUACGUCUCCACUGUGGCCUCGGAGGGCAGCUACGGGGAGAAGGGGGUGGACGCCUUCAUGCAGCUCUCCAGGGAAGCAGGUGGAAUCUGUAUAGCUCAGUCACUGAAGAUCCCUCAUGACCACAAACCCUCCGACUUUGAUAAAAUCAUCCGUCUGCUGCUGGACACGCGGUACGCCAGGGCAGUCGUCCUGUUCGCCUCUGAUGAGGAUAUCAGGGGUAUCCUGAAUGCCAGUAAGCGAGUGGACCAGGUGGGUCAUUUCCUGUGGAUCGGCUCAGACAGCUGGGGGGCCAAGAACAGCCCCAUCCACCAGCUGGAGGACGCUGCUGUAGGAGCCGUCACUAUCCUGCCAAAGAGAGCCACCAUCAACGGGUUCGAUGCGUACUUCACAUCACGGACUCUGGAGAACAACAGGAGGAACGUGUGGUUUGCGGAGUACUGGGAGGAGAACUUUAACUGCAAGCUGAUGAGCUCCUCCAAGAAAGACGAGAGCAGCAGAAAGUGUACAGGUCAGGAGCGUAUCGGUAUUGAUUCCAAGUAUGAGCAGGAGGGUAAGGUCCAGUUUGUGAUCGAUGCGGUGUAUGCCAUGGCCCACGCCCUCCACAACAUGCAGCGGGACCUGUGCCAAGAGAACUCCGGCAUCUGCCCUGAGAUGGACCUGGCUGGAGGGAAGAAACUACUCAAGUACAUCCGCAGCGUCAGCUUCAAUGGAAGUGCUGGUACUUCAGUGACAUUCAACCGUAAUGGCGACGCCCCUGGACGCUACGAUCUGUUUCAGUACCAGUGGAACAACAUCACCGGGCCCGGCUACCGCGUGAUUGGACAGUGGACCGAGAACCUGCAGCUCAAUAUCGAGGACAUGCAGUGGCCUCGAGGGGAGCAGGACAUUCCCAGCUCCGUGUGCAGCCUUCCCUGUAAGACCGGUGAGAGGAAAAAGGUGGUGAAAGGCAUGCCCUGUUGCUGGCACUGCGAGCCCUGCGAUGGCUACCAGUACCAGUACGACGAGUUCACCUGCAAGCUCUGCUCCUACAACAUGAGGCCCAAUGCCAACCGCACAUCAUGCCAGCCUAUUCCCAUCAUAAAACUGGAAUGGCACUCACCCUGGGCAGUGAUUCCAGUUUUCCUGGCAAUGCUCGGGAUCAUCGCUACAAGCUUUGUCAUGGCUACGUUCAUACGGUACAACGAUACACCGAUUGUCCGAGCGUCGGGCAGGGAGCUGAGUUAUGUUCUCCUGACUGGGAUAUUUUUAUGUUAUAUCAUCACAUUCCUCAUGAUCGCCAAGCCAGAUGUUGGCGUGUGCUCGUUCAGAAGGAUUUUCCUGGGUCUGGGUAUGUGCAUCAGCUACGCCGCCCUCCUCACCAAAACCAACCGCAUCUACCGAAUCUUUGAGCAGGGCAAGAAGUCGGUGACGGCACCCAGGCUGAUCAGCCCCACCUCACAGCUGGCAAUCACCUCCAGCCUCAUUUCAGUCCAGCUGCUGGGGGUGUUUAUCUGGUUCGUGGUGGAUCCACCCAACACCAUCAUAGACUAUGAUGAGCAGAAGACCUUCAACCCGGAUCUAGCACGAGGGGUGUUGAAAUGUGACAUCACAGAUCUUCAGAUUAUCUGUUCGUUGGGUUACAGUAUCUUAUUGAUGGUGACGUGUACUGUUUACGCUAUAAAGACCCGCGGGGUCCCGGAGAAUUUUAAUGAGGCCAAGCCCAUCGGGUUCACCAUGUACACCACCUGCAUUGUUUGGCUGGCUUUUAUACCCAUCUUCUUUGGCACGGCGCAGUCUGCGGAAAAGCUGUACAUCCAGACGACCACACUGACCAUCUCCAUGAACCUGAGUGCGUCCGUGGCCCUCGGGAUGCUCUACAUGCCCAAAGUCUACGUCAUCAUCUUCCACCCGGAGCUCAACGUGCAGAAGAGGAAACGUUCGUUCAAAGCCGUCGUCACAGCCGCCACCAUGUCGUCCCGACUCUCCCACAAGGCCAGCGACAGACCCAACGGAGAGGCCAAGACGGAGCUGUGCGAGAACGUCGACCCCAACAGCUAAUUUCAUAAUUUAUCAGAGGUCCAGCAGAGAAGAAGAAAUAUGUGAGCUACAACGACCUUGUGAUCUAAUAGCAUUCCUCCAUCCGAACGACAGACUGAAAAGGAAGAAGAGAGUGAUAGUUGGAGAGGUCUGGUCUCCUGCCCUGCUGGCUAAAAACAAGAAAAGGGAGGAAAACGAAGAAGGGUGUUCUUUUUUUAUGUUGUUGUUACAUUUUUGUUGGUCUCAUGUGCUUCAUCGCCCACCACAGACUUUCAGAUGGUAAAGCAAAGCCUUGUGGGACUUUCCUUUGGGCGCACACACAUUCACUCGGUCAAAGAGAAGCGAGAUGCUGGGAAACUGUUCCGAAAAUAAAAAAUAAAUCAAGGAUGGUUUUGUCCGUGAGGUGGUGAUGAUGGUGAUGGUGAUGGUGGUGGAGGUGGAGGUGGAGGUGAUGAUGGUUCUGAGAACGAACAGGAUGCAGCCUCUGGGUUGUGAGCAGUCGGCAGAGCUCUCGGGGCUCCGUGUGGCGUCUCUCUCUGCUGUUGAUGUCAAACAACGCAGCCGUCUCGGCCUGACGUGACCUUCGUACGGAGCCCGCCUCCUCCUGUCUUUUAAUGUACUUCCAAACUGCAAGUUUUCCAACCUUCCCGUCCACCCGCGUGUCGUUCUUUAUGGCUUAUAUGUUGGCCUCCUUUGGUUGUUGAUUUUAUUUCCUUUUCUUUUUAAGACAGCAAUGGUUAUGACGUUAAUGAUGAAUCUGUUUUGCUCUUGCUUCUUGGAUGCACAUUGUUUUUAUUAAAGCCAUAUUCUUCGCUUUGAGAUUUCGAGGGCUUUGCUCACGCUGCCACCUGGAAUCUGAUUUUUGCCACUAAAAUGUAAAAAAAAAUCCGUCCUUAAGGUCCUGAAAACACAUUUUCUCCAUCAGCUUCUUACUGCGAGGCGAGGGAUCCUACAUGAACAAACUUUAGAUUACAGAAGAUUACAGAUUGUAUAAUUACAGUGUAAUUAUUUAGUACAGGGGUUUCCAAAAUCUGAGUCUCAGAAUUGGUACCAUUAAAUUAGCUGAAUGCAGAGUCAGCAGCUCCUGUCUGCAGUGGACCCGUGGACGGACAGACAGCUGUCUCUGGAUCACUGUGAGACUGAAGGAGACUUAGAAACAGCAGGAUUCUCAGGCAGGUUCUGCAGCCGCUUUCUUCUCUGCUGUCUCAGUGGAUUUCUGGACGUUUAUUCAUGAUGGACUUCAGAUAUUAUUAUAUCCUCUGAGGCUGUAAGUCGCACUGAAUCUAAGAAUGUCUGUUCAGAUUUGACUGAGUUAUGCAAAUUUUGACUCAGUGUUUUAGAACAGGAAACUCAAAAUCGGGAAUUUGUUGCUAAUUGGUGUUAGUUACGUAUGUUGUCUUGCCAUCACCUCGUAGAAGUGUCCCCAGCUGCUGUGUCAUCUCUGUCAUCUUCAUUAUCUGCUUCAGACGCUGGGUUUUAAGCCCUUUCGGCUCUGUUUGGUCACAGUGAAACACUGCUCCGCCUGAGCGUCUCCUUUGAUGUGACUGACAGUCAUUAGCCAAAAAAGCAAAAGUGACAAAAGUCGACUUCCCGACUUCUGUGAAGAAUUGGACAGUUCAGGACUGUUACAGGUGAAACAUGAACCGUGAAACUUCCACAGAGCUUUUUCCAAGUUUCCAACGGAAACAGGAGAUUUGUGUGCAGCGCCUAAAUCAAGUUUCCUGUAACUUAAACGUAGCUUAAUCUCUUCCGUGAGCUGCGAGUCGCUGCUGCAGCUCCACCUGCUGACUGUGUUGCUGUCCAAUCAGCAGCCAAAGUGCAAAAACUAACUUCCUGUUGUUUGUACAACACCUGCAUGCACCUGUCCCUUUCACCCCACACUGUGUCUUUGCUUACCUGCGUCCCUCCCCAGGCGGAGGCGCCUCACAGUUUGAAAACCUCUGUUACAGAAAAAUACUGAAGAUUUGAAGCUAAAGCUAAAGCUCUGGGGCUUUAACUAUCUGAGAUAUCCGGUCGCCUCUGAGUGUUCUCCUAAUUAUUUGACUGGGAACGAGAUCUGAAGUCACCCGUUUGCUCAGAAACUAAAUCUGAGCUCUGAACUUUUCGUGGCCGACAGCCAGCAAAGCAUCAGAGAUUUGCCUUCUGUUCAUAGGUUUCGUUGAAAAAAUCUUCACUUCAGUCACCCGACGUGGUAAAAACCAGAUUCCUCCGCUGGCCGUGAACACAAAGCCAAAAAAAAAUUUAAAAAAAACAGGCGUGUUUCUAAAGGCCUUUUAAAAUGUUUGUGGUCCCAUGAUGAAAGCAUUCCCAUCCCAACAUGUGUGUUCCUUCUCCACACGCGCAUACAUGAUGACUUCUCCAGUAUUUUGUAGGUGUAUGAUGAUGACGAUGAUGAUGACCCUUAACUGUUUUGUAGCCGACGUAAAAAGAACCUACUUUGGUCCAGACUUCACUGGAUUUGUGCUGAAUAUCUGGUGAUUUCAUGGACUACUGAUACAACAAAAGGUGUUGAUGUCGAGGUUGUCAAUGCAUGCCUGAUAUGUUCGAUGUUGAAACCGAAUCCGAAAAAAAAAGUUAAAAAUAAUGAAAUUCUCACAACACAGUUGAUUCCACCUGUCUGCUCUGAAUUGUACUGUUUUUGAUUUAGUUUCUGUUUCUUUACUGUUGAACUCCACUAAUUCUUUCUCACUCAGCAGAAUAUGGCUUUGAUCGGUUUCUUAUUUUCAUGGAAACUAUGGGAAACGGAGAAAAAAGAUGAAUAUAUAUUUAAAAAACAAAAUACUUGUUAAAAAAAAAAGGAAGCAUGUAUGUUUUCUACUGUUUGUACUAGGUAUAUUCAUGUUGCCCUUGCUGCUUAUGUGCCAAUGUUGUGGGAGAGAUUUUACAUUUGGCCACUCAUGCAACUAUUCUGUGGUGUUGUCCAAGAAUGUAUCAACAUGAAAUAAAAAAAACAUUUGGUUAUUUUUUUAUAUAUAUUCCCUGAGGAAACGCAGUUUGGUACUCGUGUCUUACUCUUAGAAAGCUUUUUCACUUAAUUGCCUUGAGAGAUAUUUGAUUUAUUUCAUUCCUCGUCACACAUGGACCUCCAUGAGAACAAUGAAAUCAGUGUGAUCUUUUGGAUUUUGUAGAAUAUCAUAAUUUGCCUGAAAAGAAUUGUCUUGUCUCCAUUUUCCUUUUAUUUGUUCUAAUUGAGAUUCAACAUGGUUCCUUUUGUGGAGAAAAUGGGCACCGAAAAAACUGUUGGAAUUUAAAAAAUCUGAAUUGCAUGGCUGAUUUUCAGAAAAUGAACCACUCGAUCUCAAUUCCCAAGAAGCUUGUUUUUCAUUGAAUAUCAUCAAUAAAACAAAAUCUGCAGAUCCUGGAUGCACGGCACAGAUAACUCUGCAGUGUUUGCCACACUCACCUGGCCCUUGUACUAUUAUAAAAAUCGUUAUAUCCUACAUUGAGAUAAGUUGCCGUUUCAUGAGCAGAAUAAAUGAGCGGAGGUCUGUUAAAUGAG